AUCAAAACAAAUAAACUGCACGGAAAGAUUUUUCAAUCGCUGCCCCAUAAUUUCUGAUGCAAACGAGUGUAAUAGAAAACAAUAAAGCGCUUGGUUGAUCAUCUAUCUGUACGGCAUUGUGCUGCGAACUACAUUUCUUCAAGUGAACCUAUAGGGAAGCAACAAUCAUGAGCGAUUUCCAAACAUGGUACAAACAAGUGCCGCCGUUUACGCGAAUUUGGCUGACGGCAACAGUCGGUAUUUCGUUGCUGGCCAAAAUUGGUCUACUGCCCGUGGGCUAUCUCAUCUUACAGCACGCACCGUUAUUCUACAAACUACAGCUAUGGAGGCCCAUGACCGCUGUGCUGUUCUAUCCACUGAAUCCAGGGACCGGGUUUCAUUUUAUGAUGAAUUGCUUUUUCCUAUACAAUUACUCGUUACGGCUAGAAUCGGAUCACUAUAAACAAAAACCCGGUGACUAUUUCUAUAUGCUUUUCUUCAACUGGAUCUUGUGCGUCAUCGUUGGUCUAUUGGUGGAUUUGCCCAUCCUUAUGGACCCGAUGGUGCUGUCGGUUUUGUACGUAUGGUGCAAGCUAAAUCAGGAUGUGAUCGUUAGCUUCUGGUUCGGCAUGCGCUUCAAGGCAAUGUACCUGCCCUGGGUGCUUCUCGGCAUGAAUAUGAUACUGUCUUCAGGAAGCAUAUUUUCGCUUGUGGGCAUCUUCGUUGGACACGCUUAUUACUUCUUGAAGUUUAGCUACCCAAGUGAACUCAAUGGACCGAGUCUGAUUGAAACGCCAUUCUUCAUCAAACGCUACUUUCCCGAUGUUCAGGGUGGCACCCAUGGGUUCGGAGUACCACCGGUCGGUCAACGUCCGGUGCCACAACAACAGCAACAGGCCGAUAUGGCUGGGUUCCGCCAUGCGUGGGGUCGCGGUCAAACGUUGGGACGUAAUUAGGCAUGCGUGAUGCAUUUCGAUGUGUAUAUAAGCCAAUGAUGAUAUACCUGCUAGCCAGAUACUGCAGGAAAAGGGUCGCCGUUGUCGUCGUACUGUUUCAAUCUCUCGUCAUCUGAUUGUUGCUUAGCAGGAAGGAGGAUAACCUGUAAUAGUCUGGCGCCUAUACGUCUUUACUACACUAAGUACACUCAAGCAACCUUGUGCAAGAUUGAUGGUGAAUGGAAAUGUCGUUUUUUUCUAAUGUAAUAAAUAUUUAAUCUUGACCGACGA